UCCGCAUCGCAGAGCAGCUUCAUCUUCAUCCAGCAUCCUCCUCCAAACUCACCCCACUCGCAAACGCCAUGCUGCGCAAAGAGAAGGCCGACCCCGGCUCGCCCGCCGCGGGCUCGGGGACCUCCGCCGUGCGGCAGAAGCGGGCAGAGGAGGACCCUGACGCCGAAGAGUCGGGCAAGAAGAGUUAUCAAGAGGUCCACGGAAGGGUGCCUGGAGGACCUGUGAGAGAUAGCAAAGGCUUGGCGGUGCAGAGCACUGGAAGACCAACUGAAAGACCCAAGAAGAGCUACGAAGAGGUGCACGGAAAGAUGCCUGGCGGCCCCGUCAUCGAUGAAGAUGGCCUGGCUGUGCAAUCCACUGGAGAGCCCUUGGAGUCUGAAAAGCCGAAGAAAUCCUAUGAGGAGGUCCACGGCAAGAUGCCUGGUGGCCCCGUCAUCGAUGAAGAUGGCCUGGCUGUACAGUCCACUGGAGAGCCCUUGGCGUCGGAGAAGCCCAAGAAGUCCUAUGAGGAGGUCCAUGGCAAGGUGCCUGGAGGACCUGUGAGAGAUAGCAAAGGCUUGGCGGUGCAGAGCACUGGAAGACCAACUGAAAGACCCAAGAAGAGCUACGAAGAGGUGCACGGAAAGAUGCCUGGCGGCCCCGUCAUCGAUGAAGAUGGCCUAGCUGUCCAAUCGACGGGCGAACCCUUGGAGUCCGAAAGCAGUUCCUCGGAUCCUUGGGCAGAGGUGUCGGAUGAGGCGGCCCUCACCCGCAUCAAGGAAGAGGAAUGGGAGAUCACUGAGGUGACCGGCGAGCCGAGCAGCGCGGCCCAGCUGAGCGCGAAGGAUCAGGAGCUCGUGGAGUUCCGAGCCAACGCCAGCCAGCGCCGCUGGCUGGUCUCGGCCGAUCUGUCCGAGAACCAGCUGCCCAACACGGCGGCGAUCGCGGGACCCCUGUGGUUGAGGCAUUUGAAUUUGGGGAUGAAUCCGUUGGAGUCUUUGGACGGCCUGGGCAGCUCCUUUCCAAGGUUGCUGGUGUUGGAUGUCAGCUUCAACGAGCUGGGCGCCAUGGAUGGCGCUUGGAAGGCCCUGGCCGCGAUUCCCAAGCUUCAACGCUUGGUGGCCGAGGGCUGCCGCAUCCAGAGCUUCGAGGAGCUCCAGGAGAUGCCCCAGUUGCGCACCUUAGAAGUCAGCGACAACUUGCUGGAAGACCUCGAAGAGUUGGACGUCUUGGCUGGAAAGUGCACCUCCCUGGUGGAGCUCGACUUCAGAGAGAACGAAGCUUGGGAAAAGCCCGGAUACGCCAAGAAGAUUGACCAGCUUUUUCCCAAUCUCACUUGGCUGGACAACCAGUCGCGGAAGAAGUAUGUGGCGAAAGGAGCGGAGGCCACCUACUCGGCCGAGACCAUGCGCGAGAAGGAGGUCGCGGCGGUGGAUGGUAUGUUCAAGAAUGAGUCCUGCUCUUGCAUUGAAGGCAACCCGUGCCUGGACCGAGCGACCUGCAAAGACUGGGCCAACCGCGAGAAGGUGGCAGCCGAAGCUCGCAAGAAGAAGGGCUUACGAGAUGAUACAGGCAAGAUCCUCUGACGCGUGAAGAACACGCCAAAGGCGAAUUCACGCAGGUUCGUGGGGCAUGAGCAGGCACAGGUCCAAGCGGGUCAACAGGCGCUCG